AUGCAUGAAAUCGAAGGUCUAUUAACGAGAAACAGCUUUGACGUUUGCUUAAUACAAGAACCAGCCCUCGACGGCAAAGGCGUAUAUCUAUUCGACAGACGCCCAUACAGGGUGAUAGCGAACAGUCCCAAGCCUAAAGCUACGGUCGUUACUGUAAACCCCACUAUCGGGAUCCUGAGUUUACAGCAGCUUAGUACUCCCCAUAUUGCAGUGGCCGUGCUUACAGUUGGGAAUCUCCGCUUAACGUUGAUAUCAACGUACUUUCAGUUUUUGGAACCAAAUCAGACACACGCCGAUGCACUCGAGUCCGUCCUGGACGUGGUAAGCGGCGGCGUGCUUGUUUGCGUGGACGUGAAUGCACGGUCAACUGUUUGGCACGACCUUUUCACGGACGACCGCGGUGAAAUUGUCGUGGACUUCGUAAGUCGGAAAAACCUUACGGUCCACAACUUAGCCGGCUCCCCACCGACGUUAAGAAACUGGGUGCUCGCGUGCCUGGAUAUCACCCUGUCUUCUAGCGGAGUCAGGCUGGAGGACUGGAGCGCGGCCCACGGUCUGACGUCGAGCGACCACGCGGUAAUAUGCUUCCACAUAACGCAGAACAGCGCGCACCCGGCUGACAGGGCGUAUUCUUUCGUUAAGUACGACUGGAGCAAGACGAAUUGGCCCGAAUUCCGUAAGAACUUAAGGGACCAUAUUGGAGCGAGAAUGACGGAACUGGAUAGCCCAGACGUCGAUGCUAGCGCGUCCGCACUCACAGAUGCGUUAAAGGCAUCCUGUGAGACUCGCAUGAACAAAGCGAGGAUAAGAAGGCUUAAGCCCUCUCCCUGGUGGGAUAAGAGCCUGGACAGAGAAUUGAGUGCUCUUAGACGAUGGAAAACGAGACUGAGAAACGCGAAAAACGCCUUUAGCGAGCGAGCGAUCCGGAACUAUUAUGAAAAACACAAGCAAAGGUUCAAAGUGAAUUGCUUUAAAGCCAGACGGUCAUUCGUGACCGAUACAGGUAACGAAAAACCCUGGGGUCCCGACUACAACUGGCUUAAGUCCGGAGGCGUAAGGCCGUCUCAGAGUCUCAUCGCCGAUCCGCAGAGCUGA